AGGACAUCAGAUCACGUGACUGCAGCGAGGCGGGCCCCCAAUUCAGCCAAUCAGCGGGCAGCGUGCGCCUGAUCUGUCUCUAGCGCAAGGACGUUCUGGGUAACGUUUUGAUGGGAAGUGAGUUCUGCAAAAAAGCAUGGCAGCCAAGGUAGCAUUAACCAAGAGAGCUGACGCAGCUGAACUGAAAACCAUAUUUCACAAGUAUGCAAGUGUUGAAAAAAAUGGAGAAUUCUUUAUGUCCCCCCUUGAUUUUGUCCAACGUUACUUAAACCUUACUGCUGAGGGGCAACCCAAUCCGAAGACAGUUCAGCUGCUUGCUGGAGUUGUGGAUCAGACCAAAGAUGGGUUAAUUUCAUUCCAAGAAUUUGUAGCUUUUGAAUCGGUCUUGUGUGCCCCUGAUGCUUUGUUCAUGGUUGCUUUCCAGCUCUUUGACAAAACAGGGAAAGGAGAAGUUACUUUUGAGGACGUAAAGCAAGUUUUUGGACAAACCACUAUUCAUCAGCAUAUUCCGUUUAACUGGAACUGUGAAUUUAUACAGCUGCAUUUUGGAAAAGAUAGAAAAAGGCUCCUUCCUUAUGCAGAAUUUACUCAAUUUCUCUUGGAAAUCCAGCUGGAACAUGCCAGGCAAGCAUUCGUACAGCGUGAUACAAACCAUUCUGGCACUGUCAAUGCUAUAGAUUUCAGGGACAUUAUGGUCACUAUCAGGCCGCAUGUCUUGACGCCAUUUGUGGAGCAGUGCUUGGUAGCUGCUGCUGGGGGUACCAUAUCCCAUCAGGUCAGCUUUUCAUAUUUUAAUGGGUUUAAUUCGCUUCUUAACAACAUGGAACUCAUUAGAAAGAUCUACAGUACCUUGGCUGGAAAUAAAAAAGAUGUUGAAGUAACAAAAGAGGAGUUUGUGUUGGCUGCACAGAGAUUUGGCCAAGUUACACCCAUGGAAGUUGACAUACUUUUUCAGUUAGCAGAUUUGUAUGAGCCAAGGGGGCGUAUGACUUUAGCAGAUAUAGAAAGAAUUGCUCCACUUGAAGAGGGAGCCCUACCAUACAACUUGGCAGAGGCACAAAGACAGCACCAGGGCACAGGUGAAGUGUCUCGUACAAUCCUUGUCCAAGUGGCCGAGUCUGCUUACCGCUUUGGUCUUGGUUCAAUUGCAGGAGCUGUUGGUGCUACUGCGGUAUAUCCUAUUGAUCUGGUGAAGACACGAAUGCAGAAUCAGCGUUCUACAGGUUCCUUUGUAGGCGAACUCAUGUACAAGAACAGUUUUGAUUGUUUUAAGAAAGUGCUUCGCUAUGAAGGUUUCUUUGGACUAUACAGAGGUCUUUUACCUCAGCUGCUGGGAGUAGCUCCAGAAAAAGCCAUUAAACUCACGAUGAAUGAUUUUGUAAGAGAUAAGUUCAGAACUAAAGAAGGAAGCGUUCCAUUGUUAGCGGAAAUCCUCGCUGGUGGCUGUGCUGGAGGUUCUCAGGUGAUUUUUACCAACCCUCUGGAGAUUGUGAAGAUUCGUUUACAAGUGGCGGGAGAAAUCACUACAGGCCCUCGUGUCAGCGCUCUGACUGUUCUAAAGGAUCUGGGCUUUUUUGGCCUUUACAAGGGUGCAAAGGCAUGCUUUCUCCGUGACAUACCGUUCUCAGCCAUAUAUUUCCCUUGUUACGCGCAUAUGAAGAGCGCCUUUGCUAAUGAGGAUGGGAGAGUUAGCCCUGGAUAUCUCCUGUUGGCUGGAGCCAUAGCUGGUAUGCCAGCAGCAUCUCUUGUGACACCUGCUGAUGUCAUCAAAACCAGACUGCAGGUCGCAGCUCGAGCUGGCCAGACCACUUACAGUGGAGUCAUAGACUGCUUUAGGAAAAUACUGAGAGAGGAAGGCCAUAGGGCUCUCUGGAAAGGAGCUGGCGCUCGUGUCUUCAGAUCGUCUCCUCAGUUCGGUGUGACGUUGGUCACUUAUGAGCUGCUCCAGAGAUGGUUCUAUGUUGACUUUGGUGGAGUUAAACCAAGUGGAUCUGAGCCUGUCCCUAAAUCCAGAAUCACACUACCAGCUCCAAACCCUGAUCAUGUCGGUGGAUUUAAAUUAGCAGUUGCUACUUUUGCAGGGAUUGAAAGUAAAUUUGGACUCUACCUUCCACGAUUUCAGUCUACACCUCCUACCUCAAAGCCAGCUAUUGGAGCUAGCCCUUAACAAGACACCAGCAGAAUGGGGGGAUUCUUAGUGGCUUGUGGAAAAUGUUACAGGCUUCAGUUUUUCUUUUGACUGUCAUCUUUUAUGCUAGAAAUCAUUUCUUGAAAUUUUAUGGCUUUCACAUUUUAACCUGUAAUCUUUGUGCUUCCUAAUCAUCCUAUGUUGCAAUAGUUUUCUGUGGGCUUAAACACAUGAAUGUAUUGGCUGCAUUUAAGGAUUUUGGAUACACUAGGUCAAAUGUCAUACCUUUUUGAAUUCAAGGUAUGUUUUCCCAACUUCAAAUAAUGCUCACAAAUUUAUAAAGUAAUCCAAUCUUCAGAUAAAUCAUAUUAUCAUAUUGUCACAGGAAUAGGAAUCAGUAUUUAUGUUCUAAUAUAUUUAACUUGGACCGCAAGUAUUUUGUACUCUAAUGUGAAAUAAUGUGUUCUUAGCAAAAUAAGCAUAUUGGUAUUUGAUAAAUUUACAGCUUUCUCCUGAUUUGAUACUUGAUCAAUACACCAAAUAUCUGUACAAGAAUUUACAUUUACAUAUUUCUAUUGAUAAAGUGUUUGAUAAAAUAAUCUUUUUGUGGCAUGUUGCUAAUCUAGAUAUGAUUGAUGACCAUGGUACCGCUGCAGUAUGUAAUGCCUCAAUACAUGCAAGGUUAAUUGUUACAUCUAUAUUUAAAAAAAAGAAAUCUGUAGCAGCCAACAUUGACAGAAUGUUUGAAAUGAUUUAUACGCACAAUGAAUAUCUGGAUUGUAUAAUGUUGUUUUUUUGUUUUUUUUCCUUCAGCUCACUCAAAGUUUUAUAAUUGAAAACACAUUUAUAACGCACAGCUGUUGUUCUAAUUCUAAAAAACUUGUUUCAUCCAAGGAAAAGUAGUGCUGUAGUCUGUGCUAAAUGUCCCUCCUCUUGGGUUGUUCAGUAGAUGCUAAAAGACACCUCUAUGACUGAAAAGCACAUUAAAUGGGCCGGAAUGCCAAUGAAAAUUGGGCCAUAAGCCCUAUCGGCAAAAAGAUAUUUGUACAGCAGUUUUCCACAAACUUACAGAGAUAAUAACUUUUAAAUAUGUAACUGUUUUUCUGUAGGAAAGGCAUUAAGAUAAUCUACAUUCACAUUUGAAUUAUGCACUUCUUUUGAUUGCUGCUUAGAUUAAUAAAUAGAAAAUCUGCGUACUGUAUUUAUAACUGCCUUACCUAGUGUAUGUAAAUUUAAUGUGGAAUAAAUCAUCUUGGUCAGAAAUAAUGUAGAUGUAUAAAAGAUGAUCUGUAGUACUGAACAACUUAAUGUCCUGUAUAUCAAUAUGGAUAGUAUACUACCUCUGUGAUUGUAGAAAUAUUUUUUUUUCUUGUAGAUGCUGGUACAAUUAUGUCAUAAGCUACCAAAUAAUUUGUCAUUUCUUUGGUUAUUACUUUGCAGUCUUAUCUACAUGAUGUGCAUUCAAUAAAAUGGAAUCAGAAUUUGUGGGGGAA